AUGUUCGCUUUUCAGGCAUUCUUGCUUGAACACCUCCUGGUUGGUGUCCUGUCACUCUGGGCAUACCUUGUCUGGAAAGCUCCUUGGUUCGAGCUGUUCAGGCUGGUCGAUCUCCCCAGGGAAAUUUCGUUCUUUGACCUCAAGGAUCAUGACGAGCAAUUCAUUUGUGUCGGAAUGACGCUGAGAGCAAAGAGAUGCACAAAGACCCCCAAUGAUAAUCGGUUUUGGGCCUCUGCCCUACGCAACUGCCUGAUCUCUACAGACCCUACGCACAUAUCGUUCCGCUCAAUGCUCGAAAGUUACAUCCUUCUCUGUUUGUGCCCUCAUCACAAGGAUCGGCCAAGCAUUGCGCGGUUUUUGGUCCGAUGGGAGACUGAGAUGAUUGCCUAUCAUCGCGCUGCAGGAGGGAGCCGAAGGCCUGCUGCUUCCUCUGGCCUACCAGGAGCGUAUGCAUCAGAGGUUGCAGACGAUGAAGAGCAUUCGUUGGCUAUUGACUCACCAUAUGCCUCGCACGGUCGUCCUGGUACCGUCAGCAAUAUCGACAAAUUCCCCAUCGCCAAUCCUAAUGCUUCAUCAAAUGACAGAAGUCCGCAGAUCAGCAACCGUGAAGGCACAACCUCUCCCAUGUCAUCUAAGGUAAAGCCUAAUGAAAAAUACAGUGUAUGGUGCAGUACCAUCAAAGGGCUUUCGAUACCGGAUUCAAAAAGAGGUUACAUCUAUAUCCUCAGCAAUGAGGAUGACCCGGGACUAGUGAAAAUUGGCUACACACAAAAUGUUGCCAGGCGACUUGUGCAAUGGAGGAAGGACUGCGGCAUCGAUUACCACCUGGAAUAUCAGUCGCAUGAGAUUCCAUUUGCACAAAGGAUCGAGAAGAUUAUCCACGCCGAGCUGAGACCAGUCCGGUAUCUCAAAGCUUGUCCUGGACAUCCCAAGCUGCACAAAGAAUGGUUCCGGAUCAGCCUAGAAGGAGCAAAGAAGACCGUCGAUUACUGGAUCCAUUGGAUGAUGCAAUUCACUCCAUAUAACAUUGACCCACCUCACCACCACACGCCUGAGUUUAUACGCUGGCUGUAUUGGCCUGCCGGUGCUGGACUUGAGCAGGAGCCCUUCGAAGCCGAAUUGAGGGAGUCAUUCCUAAAGGAUUCCGAUGGGAAAAUUUGGAUGUGUCCGGAAAUGGCACCACAUGAUGUUGACGAUGAGCGUGACGAGGAUGAAGACCUCGAAGACGGCAGCUGCAGCCCAGUGGACAAAGGUACGCCUGCGAGUGCUUCGUCACGCCAGCCAAGCCUGUCGAAUGAUGGUCGUUCGGCCCAGGGAAGUACGGACCAAGCCAAGGCAGACAUCGACAGCUCAUCGCUGCACACAACUCCAUCCGCUCGACGACCGGCCAUGCACAAUGCUUCCGGAUUGAAGACACCACGCCGCAGGCUUUUCCGCCAGGACACGAAUGAGUCAGGUGAGAGGGACUCAAUACCAGAGGAUUCUUGCUCGCCGGGCAGCGAAGUCUCCACUCCUUUGACAACGAUAACAACGCCUCCUUCAGAUUCAUCAACGGCCAAGACAGUGGGUCAUCAACACGCGCCAUCGAAGCUUGCUCGUGGUGGCCGGAGGAGAGCAAGCCAGAGAAGCACUCCGCCGUCUGAAACUCCAUCACUGAGUACUUCGGUGACUCGCCCCGGAACAGACACGCUCGUCCGCGACAAUGCAGAGCCAACCCAACCCUCAUCGGCUGUAGACAAUGGGAAAGCGCUAGUAAAUGACCUUCCCAGCAUUUCGCCAAGUAUAUCCCGCGAUCGCACUGCAGCAGACGGGCUGACUGUCCGUGGCGAUGAGACUGGGGCGGGCUCUCCAGCAAGCUUACCCUCCCUAGCAGCUCCGGAGCUUACGAUAGUAACCGAAAAAGGGCUCGAUUCUGUCGCCGCAAAGUCUCGAAAACGGUCGGGUAAAGCCAAGCAGAAGUCGAGACCACCAAUACCAUCCAGUGCCGCUGGAGAAGAUCGGUCUGAAAACACUGAAGUCGAAAUACCAGACUCGCAAGACGAGAAUGUCCUUGCUGAUAUUGCGGGACCACAAUCCCAGAGAAAUGGGAAUGAGGCGAAAGGCCGGGACCGCGAAAAGCUGACUCCGCCCAGGAGUAUUCCUCGAAUGUCAAAAAGGCAAUCUGCAGCUUCUGAGCUUGGUAGCUUGGCUGAAGCUGAAGGGUCGUCAGCUGGCCGUGGCGAGAGGAGCGAAAAGGUCACUUUUCCCCAACUCACGGCGUCGACGACGACACCAGGAGAAUCCGCGGUCAAGGUCUCGGCGGCACAACAGAUUGCGAUUGCUCAGUCUUGUGGAGUUAUUGAGUCAGCCGAACACGAGCAGACAGAUGGGAGGAGUCCGGUGACUCCUGAAGGUUCAGUGCAACGGAGAACACGUAAAAAUGGCAAAAGUACGGUUCCUGCCAGUGCCAGUGCCAGGAAUAUCGAACAAUGCUCAGUCGGAUCUGAGGAUCUCUCUCCAUCUCCAUCCCCGUCACUAUCUCCAUCUCCGCUUCCACCACGGCACCAAGGAGGUACAAGUUCUCUGUCCCCUACUCCAUCUCCAUCACGGCACCAAGGAGGUUUGCACCCAGGUGGAGAGAAACGCCCGACGGCGUACGCACUUCAAGGGGCGAAGAAGAGUGAGAGUGUAGGUGGUGGUCUCGUAUUUGUCAACGACGACCAACAGUCCUUACGGGAGAAAAUUCAGAAGCAGAGACGCAAUGUUUCGGCGCCGGCGCUGCAAGGUACUAGUAGUACCUAG